GAAUACACGUUAACGCUGAGCCAAUCCGGGAGAAAUUCACUCCCGGGUGUGCAAUUAUCUUCCUGUCUUCUUUUUCUCUUUGUUAUUUGCAAAUUGGCGCCAUAUAUUGUGAAUAAAGCACGACAACUCUUCAGUGCAAGAUGAGUAAACAAGCACGCAGUCCGGGACGAGGAGCUCAGUGGAACUGCAACCGACUUCAGUUGCAUUUUGAUGAAGCUGCAGGAGAUGACCAAGACGUAGCUGAAAAGGAUGGUACACUUCCAAUGAUGAUGACUUCCAUCCCCAUAAACGCCAAUGUGCUUGAUUCUGAUCAAUUAUUGUUUGGAGUUGAGGAUCACAUCCCAGACGACCCAGCUUUCCUGAGUGUCUCCCGCAUCUCCGAUGCUUAUAGUUUGCUUGCGAAUGAAGACAUCACUGUGGUGCAGUCCUUGGACUCAGGGGUUGUAGAAGCCAAUAGUACUGACCUUGAAACUGCAACAGAAUCUUCAUCUUCUUCACCCUUGCCAGAUUCAGAUUUCCACAAAAAGCACAUGAUGGCAAUAAGCAGUGACAAAUUCGACAGCCUCUUGAAGAUGUGUCCGCAUUUCCUGGGCUGCAAGAGCCAUAUGGCGGCGUUUGUCCUUGUGAGAGAACUGACGGACACAUCGGGGCGUGCAUGCAAGUUCUACCAGGUGGUGGCGUUGGGAACCAGCCGCUUCAGCCGCACCAGUUGGCUUUGCUGUAACGGGACAGUGGUACACGACUGUCACGCCAUGAUCACUGCCCGGCGGGCACUUCAGAGAUUCCUCUACAAGCAGCUUCUGCUCUUCUUUGGCACUGACCCUCAAGCCAAGGAGGCGUGCAUAUUCGAGAGCAGCGCAGCCGGGCCGCAGCUUCAGCUCAAACCUAACACCAGCCUUCACCUUUAUACCAAUCAAUGUCCCGAAGGAGCCGCCAAGAACUUCUACAUGUGGUGCUCCGCCUACAACAAUUGGACCCCCCUAGAGCUGCACUAUCACACCAAGAAUUUACUGGUGCCCGCCGCUCACCUCAACCCAAACCACUGGGUGGCCAACGUGUGCUGCAUAUCGGACAGCGUCAAGCUGCAUCUGUGGACCAUCGUGGGCGUGCAGGGCGCUCUGCUGAGCCACUUCAUCCAGCCGCUUUACAUCGCAAGCAUGGUGCUCGGAGGCCAGAAGCUGUACGUUGACCAGUUGUCAGACACCAGUAAGUGUCUGGGCGACGGCUGGGAGGACAUCCUGCCGCCGUUCUACAAGAAAUAUGACAUCAGCUUCCUGUGCUGCGAAGAGGCUACGCCCAUCGAGGUGUCACCACAGCAUGACGUCCUCAGCAUCAACUGGUGCUUCGGAGACAAAGACAUUGAAGUGGUAGACAGCAGCAAAGGCUUCAUUGACCACAGUUCCUCGUCCAUGAGCGGACCCAGCUUCUCUAGUAGGCUGUGCAAGAGAGCGCUCUACAGUUACUUCCGUCAAGUGGCUCAGCUGGGCGGAUAUGGCUAUUUGCGAGACCUGCCCACCUACCACAGUGUCAAGGUGGAAGCCAGCGUCUACCAGACUGUUAAGGAGCUAGUCAAGCAGCACUUCCUCAGCAAUCACGGCGGCACCUGGAAUGCCAAAAAGCUGGUGGAUUUCUUCAGCACCUGAAUGGUUUCUCCUCCACGUUUAGUUUAGCUGAAUUUCGGCAUUCAAGUUCUGUUUGGAAAAAAAUGUUUCGAUUGUCUUGGUUCUAAAGUUUACAAUCUCUAAAGCACAGCAUUGUUCGGCAGUGUGGUUUUGGUUGGAAAGAAAUACUUCAACAGCGAUUAAAAA